AUGUUUUCCCAGAAACUUUUCGUCGGACCCGUUAAAGCCAAUUGGCAAAAGAUGGCAUUGGCGUUCGUCACGUUGGCACAAUCGUUCAACACCGAUGAUCAUCCAGGAAGUAAUCGAAUGGUGGAUGCAUUGAAACAGACAGCUCAUCAGUACCAUCAGAUUGGUGAAGGCUUUGAGACGCAUUCGCGUAAUGAUAUGGAACCGGUGGUCGAGAGCCUAUACUCCUUCAAAGGCACCAUCCAGACUGCUCCCGAUAUUUUGCAUGUACAUAAGCAAGCAAUUCAAAAAUAUAGGGAGAACGAAACCAAACUGUCACAUGCGGAUGCUGAACGAAUAAAGCGACGUGUUGAUUCAACGAGCUAUGCCGUAUUGGCUGAGAUGAACCAUCUCAAUACAGAGAAGGCAAGGAGCCAUUUUUACUUCAUAAAAGAUUCGUACAAAACUUCCUUUGGUCAACCGACCCCUCAGAAUAGCCCAAUAGCCCCUUCACAAAGCUGA